UAAUUUCAUAAUCAUUUUUCCGUUCCAUAAGAUUUUUCUGGCUAGUUUUCCAUGUAUGAUUGUCAAUAACAAAGCGAGUGUAAUAGAAAUAAAGGUGUCAAAUUCAAGCGUGUCUGAAAUUGCGAUCAAGAUAUCCAUUAUGUUUGCGACAGAUACCUGACCUUUCUCCCCAUUCUAUCUUCUUCCCUCUCUCGACCUUCAUACGCCUUCAAUUUCCGCCAUUUUUGCAUUUCAUCAUCGCCAUCGAAACCCCAUCAAACCCUUUUCAUUCAUCUAUCCAAUCAAACCCUACCCUCUCCCCCUCUUUCGGUGAUUCGCCGAUUUCUUUGACCUUUCAAUCCGAUCAUCGCGACCCAGUUGCUGGAUUUGCUGAUUGAGUAUUGUUUUUGAGUUCUUGUUGUUGCUUGAACUACUGUGGAUUGGAUUUUCUUAUCUGGGUUGUCGCCAUGUCGUGAUUUUCUUUAUCAGAGAUCCUCCACGGAGUCUCGUUUGCGGAGAAGGGUUAGGCCAUUCACCCGAAUGGAAGCGUCUGGUAGCGACCCCGACUCUCAUAGAACUGCUUCCAUCAGUGGUAGUUCAAGAAGGUUUGGAAUGUUAGCUGCCUCUAAUAUGAUUCAGGCUCCGCUUUCCGCUCUGUUAGAGUAUUCGGGUCUUCUUCGUGGCCGCCCUAGUCAUCAAGAAUCCGAGGCAUUGAUAAGUGCACGAUUACCUUCGGGAUUGCGAGACCAUCUUCGUAGUCAGAUUGAAGAAUCUUCUGGUGUCACUAACGACGGAGAGGUUUCGAUUAGGAUAAUUGGAGCAGGGGAACAAGAACAUGUUAGGGACAGUGCUGGACUAGUAGUUGGGGAAGUGAGGGAGCUUGGCGGUCAGAAUUCAGCAUCUUUGCAAUCUGUUUCGGGGUUGGCAUCAUCAGAGUUUAGCCAGGGAGAUGCUGCUACUGGACGAGGUGCGAUAGAGGGUAUUCCUCAACCGGUUAACGAAGGUCCUGAUGGAGAUGCGUCGGAGGCAGCUGGGGGAAAUAGCAGGGAUUCUUCUUACCAAAGGUACGAUAUUCAACAGGCUGCCCGGGGGAUUGAGCAGAUUCUUCCAUUUAGUUUUCUUCUACUGGUAGUCUUCAUUCGACAGCAUUUGCAAGGCUUCUUUGUGACAAUUUGGAUUGCUGCUUUCAUGUACAAGUCUAAUGAUAUAUUGCGAAAACAAACAGCUUUGAAGGGAGAGAGGAAAAUCUCUGUUUUGGUUGCCAUUUCUCUUGCAUUCACUUUCCAUAUUAUUGGUGUGUACUGGUGGUAUCAGAAGGACGAUCUCUUAUAUCCGUUGAUCAUGCUUCCUCCCCGAGCAAUACCUCCUUUUUGGCACGCUAUUUUCAUCAUCAUGGUGAAUGACACUUUGGUCCGUCAAGCAGGGAUGGUGGUCAAGUGUGUUUUAUUGAUGUAUUACAAGAACAGCCGAGGCCGAAAUUAUCGUAAACAGGGACAAAUGCUAACUUUAGUCGAAUAUCUGCUUCUACUGUACCGUGCAUUGUUGCCUACUCCCGUCUGGUAUCGUUUCUUUUUGAACAAAGAGUACGGAAGUUUAUUUUCGUCACUAUUGACAGGACUGUACUUAACUUUCAAACUCACAUCUGUUGUCGAAAAGGUGCAAUCCUUCUUUGCUGCUUUGAAAGCAUUGUCGCGUAAAGAGGUGCAUUAUGGGGCAUAUGCAACAUCGGAGCAGGUCAGUGCAGCUGGUGAUUUGUGUGCUAUUUGCCAAGAGAAGAUGCAUGCUCCUAUCUUACUCCGAUGUAAACACAUAUUUUGUGAAGAUUGUGUAUCAGAGUGGUUCGAGCGGGAACGGACAUGUCCAUUGUGUAGGGCUUUGGUUAAGCCUGCGGAUCUCAGGUCAUUUGGGGAUGGAUCAACUAGUUUGUUUUUCCAGGUUUUCUAAGGCAUUUGCUUCUGGUUUGAAGAGAGCUAAAGCCAGCCAUAGCAUUUUUACCUACACACAAUGUACAUCUAACUAAUACUGUGUAGCUGCUGCCCUGGAGAGAGCGAAACCAUCACUGCUUGCUGCUGCUCACAAGGUGUACUCGGAAAGGCGACCGUAAUGGUAGUCCUUUUUGUGCUACAGAGGAGGACGAUCAACGUUCGAGAGGCGGAGGCGGAGGUGGAUGAGUUUAACCAUAUAUAUAUAUGCAAAUUUGUAUGAAUUGGUUGGGAGUUGCGUGAAAAUUUGAUAGCAUAGGCAGUUGAUGUGUUGAUUUACAAUAUGAGUCAAAAUGCAUAGAAUGACAAUCUUUUGGAGUGUUAGAAAGUGUUAAAAUACCCAUACAGAAUCUGAACGUUUUUUGGCCCUUCACUUUGCUUGUGGAUUUGAAGAUAAUGAAGAAACUACUCGAGGUAAUUGACAUCUA